UAUCCUAUUCUGUGAAACAUAAUGUCAUUUACAGUCAACUAUCUAACCCUAAAUCAAAAUCAUGAUCCGUUCUAGACUCAUGCUCAUGUUAUGACAGCAAGCCACGGGUAUAAAGAGUUGUCAGCAUAGCAUAAAAAGUAUUCAAAUCCAAUAUCCGGUCAUCUCUUUAAAGGGUUGGUUUCGGGUUUUCCAGCUCAGUGACAUAUGUAUUUCCCAGUCUCGGCUGUCUCUUUAAGACAACGAUAGCUUUGUGUCUGAUUAAUUCAAUGUAACGAGAGAUGCAUUGGAGAAACCUAUUUUCCGCUGUUACUGUGGAUGUACCAGCUACAGAGAGUGUGAAAAAACUGGACAUGUAUUUCCUAUUGGUCAUGAUCAUCGGAUAAUCCAAUUGGCGGUUAUCAUGUACUAAAGUUAUAACGUGAUACCGUUAUUAUAGGCAACGGAUGUGGGGAUACAAAAAAUAUGGAUUUAAAUUAGCUGGAAAUUGAGUCUCCAUAAUUUCAUCAUUUUUCUGUAAGGGGAUUUACCAAAAGUCGUUUUGGAGGAAUAAUAAUAUUUACAUUAAAUUGUUUGGAGGGGAGUUUUAUUCUGACUGCACGAAAUGUCUGAAAAACACGGAGGUUAUCAAGGUCUGGAGGACUCCAAUCGGCAGGCCAUGUCCCAACCCAUGCAGCAAAUGCAGCCCCCUCCAUACCUCCCAUCCCAGGACCCUAACAUUGGCCAACAACACCCCAAUAUGCAGCACCCCAACAUGCAGCACCCCAACAUGCAGCACCCCAACAUGCAGCACCCCAACAUGCACCCCCCCAGCUGUGGCCCCCAGCCCAACUACCCCCCUCCACCCCCGCCCCCUGGCUCCGAUGGCUACCAGGAGACCCAGUUCCACAAUGGCUCCUACGGACACCCAGGGGCCCCACAGGGCUACACAGUCCAGACCCAGGGUCCAGGAGGGGGGGUCCCACAUGCCCCUGUAGGGUAUUUUCAACCAGGAUACCCUCUCCAGCUGCAGCCCUGCACAGCCUAUGUUCCUGUCUACCCCAUGGCGUCGGGACAGCCCUACCAGGGGAUGCCCCAGGGUCAGAUGGGCAUGCAGAUGCCCCAUGGCAUCGCUCUGAUGGAGCCCCGGCGCCCUCCUCACGACUACCUGCCCAUCGCUGUGCUCACCACCGUCUGCUGCUUCUGGCCCACAGGAAUCAUAGCCAUCAUCAAGGCAGUACAGGUGCGUACAGCAGUGGCCAGGGGGGACAUGGUGACGGCAGAGAUAGCGUCCCGCGAGGCGCGUAACUUCUCCUUCAUCAGCCUGGCGGUGGGCAUUGCCUCCAUCGUCCUGUGUACCAUCCUCACCGUGGUAGUCAUCAUCGCCUCCCAACACCAUGACGAUGACUGGGAACCCUAAUACAUAACACAGUGUGGCAUCAUGGGAUGUGUAGUUUUGGGUGGAGAUUGAAGAAUAAGAGCACCGGAAUUCACUCUCUGAAACUGGUAUGUUAUAUUGGGGGGUGUAUGUGUGUGUGUGUGUGUGUGUGUGUGUGUGUGUGUAUAUAUAUAUAUAUAUAUAUAACACACACACACACACACACAUAUAUUGGGGUGUGUGUGUGUAUAUAUAUAUAUAUAUGCAUCCUGUGUACUGUAUACAGUACUGACCUGACCUAAUGACUACUAACGGGUUGAGAACCAAUCACACUUAUAUUCAAUUGCCAAAACAAAUAGAUACACAUUACUUGCCAGUAUUACUUACCAUUUACACUCGGAUAUAAUAGCGCUCCAUAGCACUUAUGGGGGAAACAGAGUACAUACACAGAGGCAUUAAAGGGCAAUUCCACCACAUUUCAACCUCAUUUUCAUUAUCUAUAGCACAGUACCAGUGUCUACAUAUGUGAAAACGGCGCAUGACAUCAUCAAAUGAGAUUCACAGUGACGUGGGGAGUAAGAAAAUGCCCUCCAUCUGGCUAGAAACUUGUUGCAGGUUUUGAAAAUCAGAGUUUUUCUUACUUUUCCUCCUGCCUUAUCACAGAGAAUAAUCUUUAGGACCUUCUUCUCUUUUUAACCACAGAGCAUAGAAACGUGCAAUUUUCACAUAUGUAGACACUGGUAUGGUGCUGGAGAUAAUGAAUAUGAGGUUGAAAAGUGUCAGAAUUGCCCUUUAACUAUGAAUUACAGAUGAAUUUAUGGUCCCCUUGAACCUAGGUAGACCAAACCAUGGAUCACAAUGUAUCUUGAUAAACUAUUUAAGCCUUCACAAAACUGCCAAAAAUAUCACAAAUCAUGACUGACAUUAGUGCCAUAUAUAAAUAGUAUUGUGUAAGGAGGUUGUUUUGAAUUACUUCUAAUAUAAAUACUUUUAUUGAAUUGUGUUUAGUCAUUUAUAGUUUUUGAUUUAUGAUUUUCAUAAACACCCGCAUCUGACGAUAGUAUUUAGAAAAAAAUAUUUAUUAAAUGGAUCGUAUAAAUUAUAGUAUAAGACUGCCAAACAGACGUAGGUAUGGAGGGAUACAAAUGAUCAGUAUUCAUUUUACACACAAUCAAAUGGAAAGUAAAUAAAGACAUAUUGUUGUCUUAUUAUGAGAUUAAUAUAUGAAAAUUGUGGACAAAAAGAUUGGGAUUUUUCUCCUGAGAUGAAUGACAUCUCUAUUUUAAAGUUGUGCUGGCGGAGGGAUACACCAUAGGGUGUACUGUGACCGUGUCUUUCCCCCCGCCUUUUUUUUAUGACAUGGGACUAUUUUAGCUACAUUGACAAAUUGUUUGUUGCAUAAGAUUGUUUAAUACUUGUUCACUUUAUUUCUGUAUGUAUUUAGGUAUCUUAUAAUUGAUUAGUUUAUUUAUAAUAUUUAUUUUUCAUAGAUUAUUAGCAUGUCACCAUUAUGUUUGAGUUGAAAUCAAUAGUUUAUUGUACCCCUAUUGGCCUACAAAACCUUAACUAAACUCAGCAAAAAAAGAAAUGUCCUCUCACUGUCAACAGCGUUUAUUUUCAGCAAACUUAACAUGUGUAAAUAUUUGUAUGAACAUAACAAGAUUCAACAACUGAGACAUAAACUGAACA